AUUUGUCCUUUUUACUUAGAUUUUUUAUUUUUAAAUCAUCCUUUUGGACAUUUCAUUUCUUCUCUUACCAACUUCCUCUGAUCUUGUAGAAGAAAAGAGUGUUGAAAAUCCAAAAUCUGACUUACAUCGUCCAUCUUUUGGGCCCACCAACCAACAAAAGAUGAGUAGAGUUUUCUUGUUUUCUAUAGUAACGCAAUGCUCACACCAUUUUCAUGGAGCUUAAAGUCUUCUAACUAAACCCAACCAAUGCUUUGAAAGAGAGAUAGAGAAUGUGAGUGAAAGAGAUAUAAUUUAGAGUUUGGUUCUAUUAAGAGAAAGUGUGGGUUCUUGUGCUGUUGUGUUUUGUGCAUAUGUUAUUCUUGGGUUUCUCUACAUAAAGUAUAGUUUUUAGGGACACUGAAUCUCACACACUUAUACACACUCACACACGCGAAAAAAGAAGGGUUUAGAUUAAGUGGGAAGUGCUAAAAGUGUGUGUAAUUGCAAAGGUCGAAGAACAAGAAGUUUGGGGAGGUUUAGGGUUCCUUUCAGUUUCUUUGUUUGUGAAUAUCUUAGUCUUGAGAAUGAAGCAUAAGGGUUGUAAAGAGAGAAGUGUAGUAGUGGGGAAGAAAGUAAUGGUAGCUGUUAGAGCUUCAAAGGAAACCUCAAAAGCAGCUCUUCUAUGGACUUUGACUCAUGUUGUUCAACCUGGAGAUCGAAUCAGGCUUCUUGUUGUUGUUCCUUCCAAUUACACAAGUAAAAAUAUUUGGGGGUUUUCGAGACUAACCACCAAUUGUGCAUUAGGACAUGGAAGAUUUCUUGCUGGAACUAAUUCAGACCAAAAAGAUGAUAUUCAUGAGUCUGUUUCUCAGAUGAUGUUCCAGUUACAAAAUGUUUAUGAUGCAGACAAGAUAAACGUCAGAAUCAAAAUUGUUUUUGCUUCACCUGAUGGAGUCAUUGCUACUGAAGCCAAGAAAUCCAAAUCAAACUGGGUGGUUUUAGACAGGGGACUGAAGUAUGAGAAAAAAUGCUGUAUUGACCAACUUGAGUGCAAUCUUGUUGUAAUCAAGAAGUCACAACCAAAGGUUAUUCGUCUCAACUUGGUGAAGAAUGCAGAUACAGAGCAUCUAGAAGCUAUUUCCAGGCUAACCACAAAGUCUAUCCUCUCCCGGAGAAGCUCAAGACCUGGAAGAAAGCUGAGGGAACCCUUUGUGACUCCAGCUAGCAGUCCAGACCAAGAAGGUUCUGAUAUGGGGACUUCAUCAAUAUCUAGCUCUGAUGCAGGAGCUUCACCGUUUCUUGCUUCUCAAGUCUUUGAAGGCCUUAACCCAUGGGUCAGUGAUGGAAACAAGAGUUUCUUUGAAUCUGAUACUGACUCAAAUGGAGAAAACUGGAGUCCUAUAUCAAUGGCCUCCUCCUCAUCUUCCCAUCCUGUGAAAAUAUCUAAUAUCCUGAGUCCCAGUGGUGAUCUGACAAUACCUCAUACAGAAACUCCAAGAAAAUCAAGAUUUGCUUCGGUUCUAAGACUCGGUUCAUCCAAGAAAGAACCUGAUGUCCGUAAACCGGAUACAUGCUUAAAUAAAAGCGUGAGGGAAGUGGUUUCCUUAUCAAGAAAGCCAGCUCCUGGACCUCCUCCACUAUGUUCCAUAUGUCAACACAAGGCACCUAAAUUCGGAAACCCUCUGAGAUGGUUCACUUAUGGAGAGCUGGAGACAGCAACAAAGGGUUUCUCUAAAGGGAGUUUCUUGGCUGAAGGUGGGUUUGGUUCUGUUCACAGAGGAACUUUACCAGAUGGUCAAAUCAUUGCUGUGAAACAGUAUAAGAUUGCUAGCACACAAGGUGAUAAAGAGUUUUGCUCUGAAGUUGAGGUCUUAAGCUGUGCACAACAUAGGAAUGUUGUAAUGCUCAUUGGACUAUGUGUGGAGGAUGGGAAGAGACUGCUGGUUUAUGAGUAUAUCUGCUAUGGUUCUUUGCAUUCUCAUCUUUAUGGUUUGGGGAAAGAGCCGUUAGGAUGGUCAGCGCGGCAAAAGAUUGCGGUUGGAGCAGCUCGUGGGUUGAGAUACCUUCAUGAAGAGUGUAGAGUUGGUUGCAUUGUUCAUAGGGAUAUGCGUCCUAACAACAUUCUCCUCACUCAUGACUUUGAGCCUUUGGUUGGAGAUUUUGGACUAGCGAGAUGGCAACCAGAUGGAGAUAAAGGAGUGGAGACAAGAGUAAUUGGAACUUUUGGGUACUUAGCACCUGAAUAUGCACAAAGUGGACAGAUUACAGAGAAGGCAGAUGUGUACUCUUUUGGGGUUGUGUUAGUUGAGCUUAUCACAGGAAGGAAAGCUAUGGACAUUAAGCGUCCUAAAGGUCAACAGUGUCUCACCGAAUGGGCAAGACCGUUGUUGCAGAAACAAGCCAUGAGGGAGCUUCUUGAUCCGCGUCUAAUGAAUUGUUACUCUGAGCAGGAAGUUUACUGUAUGGCGCUAUGUGCUUACCUCUGCAUUCGCCGUGACCCUAACUCAAGGCCACGAAUGUCUCAGGUGUUGCGGAUGUUAGAAGGAGACGUUGUCAUGAGUCCAAUAUAGAAGCUACACAGGGAAAGGCAUGGAGUUUGUAGACUAUUUAGAGUUUUUACAGCUUUCUUGUUAAUGAGUAUUGUUUUUGUUAUGUGUAAAAGUUUGUUAAUGAGACAAAGAUUCAAGUGAAGUUUGUUUGUUGAGAGUUUUGUGUAGGUGGAUCUGUGAACUUUGUAAUUUAUUAUAAAAUCAUAUUUUAUAA